AUGUUGCAGUCAUCUUCAUCUCUUCGACAAGGUUAUCAGGUCCAUUCACAAAUCAUUGUUCAUGGAAUGAGUGAUCAUAAUGAUAUGGGUUCAAGAAUAUUGGGUAUGUAUGUACGUUGUAAAAGUUUCAGUGAUGCUAAAAAUGUGUUUUUUAGGAUUUAUUUGGGGUAUACUUCUCCUUGGAAUUGGAUGAUUAGAGGGUUCACUAUGAUGGGUUCUUAUAAUAAUGCAUUAUUGUUCUAUUUCAAGAUGUUGGGGUGUGGGAUUUCACCUGAUAAAUAUACAUUUCCUUAUGUAGUUAAGGCUUGUAGUAAUUUAAAUUCUUUGGGUUUAGGUAGGUUGAUUCAUGAAUCUGUUGUUUCUACUGGGUUUGGGAUGGAUGUAUUUGUGGGUAGUUCUUUGAUUAAAUUGUAUGCUGAGAAUGGCGCGAUAUGUGAUGCACAUGAGUUGUUUGAGAAACUGCCUGUUAAAGAUUCUGUUUUGUGGAAUGUGAUGAUUAAUGGGUAUGUGAAAAAUGGGGAUUUGAAGAAAGCUAUGGAAGUGUUUACGCAGAUGAGGUAUACGGAAAUAAUGCCUAAUUAUGUAACAUUUGCUUGUGUUCUGUCUAUUUGUGCGUCUGAAAUGAAGCUUGAAAUGGGUAGAGUGCUUCACGGACUUGCUAUUCAUUGUGGAGUGGAUUCAGAGUCACCUGUAGCAAACACAUUAUUGGCGAUGUAUUCAAAGUCUGGCUGUUUAUAUGAAGCACGUAAGAUAUUUGAUAUGACACCUCGGACUGAUUUAGUUACAUGGAAUGGGAUGAUUGCAGGGUAUGUUCAAAAUGGGUUUUUGGUUGAGGCUUGUGAUUUGUUCCGUGAGAUGUUAUCUGCUGGUGCUAAACCAGAUUCUAUCACGUUUUCGAGUUUUCUUCCUUCAGUUUCUGACUUGGCAGAUUUGAAGCAAGGUAAGGAAAUUCAUGGUUAUAUUGUAAGGCAUGGUGUGGUUAUGGAUGCAUUCUUGAAGACUGCACUGAUCGAUAUAUACUUCAAAUGCAGGGAAAUAGAGAUGGCAUGCAGUAUUUUCAAUCAGACAAAAACAGUGGAUGCCGUUAUUUAUACGGCUAUGAUUUCAGGAUUUGUGCUCCAUGGUAUGCAUAGUGAUGCUUUACGGACUUUUCAGCCGUUGCUUGAGGCACAAAUGAGGCCCACUUCAGUCACCCUAGCAAGUGUUUUGCCAGCUUUGACUGGCUUGGCUUCUCUUAGGUUGGGGAAGGAGCUUCAUGGUUACAUUCUUAAGUAUGGGCAUGAGGAAGGAGGUUAUGUUGGAAGUUCCCUAACUGAUAUGUAUGCAAAAUGCGGAAGACUGGAUCUUGCUAACUGCGUUUUUCAUAGAAUGCCUGUGAGAGAUGUUGUGGCCUGGAAUUCGAUGAUUUCGAGCUGUUCGCAGAAUGGGAAACCAGAAGAAGCCAUCAAUCUGUUCCGUGAUAUGGGAUUGAAGGGUGCAAAUUAUAAUUGUGCCACGAUUUCAGCUGCACUUUCUGCAUGUUCAAAUUUACCCGCACUUCAUGAUGGGAAAGAAAUCCAUGGUUUUAUGAUGAAAGGUUCCUUUAGAACUGAUCUCUUUGCGGAGAGUGCUCUAGUAGACAUGUAUAGUAAGUGCGGAGACUUGAAUCUUGCACGUAGGGUCUUUGACUUGAUGGAGUGGAAGAACGAAGUCUCAUGGAAUAGCAUUAUUGCUGCUUAUGGUAUACAUGGACGGAUUAAAGAAGCGCAACUUUUGUUCCAUGCUAUGUUAGAGAAAGGAUUUCAACCUGAUCAUAUAACUUUUCUUGCCAUGAUCUCUGCUUGUAGUCAUGCAGGACUUAUUGAUGAAGGUAUAGAUUACUUCCGCUCUAUGACCGAAAACUAUGAAAUUAGAGCUCGAAUGGAGCAUUACGCAUGCAUGGUUGAUUUGUUAGGGAGUGCUGGUCGCCUAGAUGAAACACUAAACAUUAUUACUAGCAUGCCCUUUGAAGCAGAUGCAGGUAUUUGGGGGGCAUUGCUGGGAGCGAGUCGAAAUCAGGGGAAUGUUGAAAUCGCAGAGGUGGCAUCAAAGCAUUUAUUUAAAUUGGACCCACAAAAUUCGGGAUAUUACGUAUUGAUGGCAAAUGUUCAUGCUGAUGCUGGUCAAUGGGCUAGCGCUCUAAAAGUUCGAGAAUUGAUGAAGGAAAGAGGGGUCAAGAAGUUACCAGGUUGCAGUUGGAUUGAGAUCAACGGCAUUUCUCAUAUGUUUGUUGCUGCAUAUAAAAAUCACCCAGAAUCUGCAGAGAUUUAUCUGAUGUUAAAGAAUCUUCUUCUGGAUAUGAAGAAACAAGGAUAUGCUCCCCAACCUUAUCUUUCCGAACAUUGCUAAUGUUUAGGACUUUCACGGCUUUUAGUUCAAUGAAAUUCAUAUAUGAAGUUUAUACAUACGGAGAAGAAACAACUACUUGAAUUGAAUGGGUUACCUAAUAAUUCAUUGUACAGAUAGUAUUUGGAGAUUAAAUCACAUUCCAUGCUGAUGCAUUACUAGUCGCAACUAUCAAGCAUUUUUGCAAUGAAUCGAUAGUAAGUGCUAUGUGGUAUGUUUAAAUAAGUUGCUUCCAGAUGAGAUACUCGAUUUGGUUAGUGUAUCUUAGAGAACUAACAGAUGUUAGCUUUGUGUUAUAGUGCUCUUGAAGAAGCCUCCCCUGAUGAGGCUGUUCGGGUAUCUCUAUUAGUCAGUGCAAGGUACAUGCAGGAUCUGGAAUAUUAUGUUGAUGGUUUUGAGACGGCGUUUUUGAAUGAUACUAGGGAUUAUUAUGCCUGGAAAGCUUCGAAUUGGGCUAGAAAAGGAUUUGCGGUAAAGGCCCAGAUAUGUUCGGUAAAGGAGAAAGAUAGGGUCUCUCACUAUCUGCACUCCAGCACUGAGGAGAAGCUGUUGAAAAUAGUUCAAGAUGCGCUCGAACAAUUGCCUGAAAAGUAUAACUCUUGAUGCCAUGUGACGCCUCCUUUACUACUGGUAUUUCUUUGUUUUCGGAUUACUAGUCCUAUUUCUAUCUUUUUCAGUGUUUUAAUACUAUCUUGGCUAGGACCUGUAGAGUCAGAGAUCUCUUUCCUGGUAUUUUUUCUCUGUAACUCAAAUACUUCUGUGGACAGCAAUACCAACAACUAAUAACCAAAUAAUACAGAGGGAACGA